CGAGUUCGACGCGGCUCCAUCGCUGAUCUGCAGCUUUACCGACCUCCAAAGUAGUUUGUCUGAAGCAAAACCAUUGCCGUUGAAAGAAUCAGACCGGGGCAACGUGUCCCCGGACACGCCAUCGAACUCCAGAACUGACACCCCCGCACGGCUACGGCGUCGGAGGAGGAAAUCAGAACUGUCAGCCUCCAACCACAAACCCAACACAAGAUGCACCAUCUUCCAGCUGUCACUUGCGUAGACAAGCGUCUGCGCGUACUCCUGGACGACAAAACCUCCCUUCUCCACCAUGACGUCGGAGAUAACGCCGCAGCAACGGGGACAGAGCAGAAGGAGAGACACAACGGCGUUAUCGACGGUGAGUGAAGUUGAGGCAGAUUUAUCCGUUCGGGUGCCGCUCCCAUCACCCCAACGGCGCACCACGACCUACAAAUCCAAACCCUAACUACAGAGCGGAGAAACGGGGUCCCCUUCCUCCUGCUGCUGGAGCAGCGGCCGGAGAGAGAGGGGGCCAGCGCCCUCGCCGGUGGAGAUCGGUGGAAAAGGAUCGCCUGCCUAGUCGCCUCGCUCGUGGUGGCGGCGGCUAGGGUAGGGAAACGCUGCGUUCCGCCCCGCGCGAGUUUACUCUGAAAAACUUCACAUUAUACUAGGUCUGCUGGAGAACACCUGGCGGAGACGCAGACUCGGGAGAUUCGAGGCGAGGAUACGAAGAGAGCGAGAGAUCGGCGAUGGCAGCGGCGAUUCGGCAGGCGGCUAGGAGGUUGGCUGGCUUUGUUCUCCAGCGAACGAAAACGGAGGUGCCAAGGAGGCUCAUCCACGGCGGUCCGCCGGCAGCAGCCCCCUCUUCCCUCCGGCAUACCUCCUCCGGUGUUGAGCUUCCUUCUGCGAAAUCUGCUUUAGGGCAAGAUGGGAAGGCUUCUGCUUUGAGGGAAAUCAAGAAGAAGAGAGAAGAGUUGUUCGAUCUGAUUGCUGACACAGAAAGGCGAUACGACACUCGGCUUACCAAGGAAGGCUGUCAAAACACACGCAUGCUCCAGCAGCUUGCGGUUCAAAUCGAGCCUAGACCCAAUGACCCCUUGUGGCGGUCGAAACGGUUUUCGAAGAGACUCAAUGAUUUUCUGGGGUUAGCCGGGGCUGUUAUAUCAUCCUAUAUGCUUACGCGUAAGUGGCUUCACUUGGACCAAGAGGCAGAUCCAAAAGGGCAGAAGAGCUAACUAGCAAAAAUGGCUUCAGUUGGAGAAUGAGGCAGAAGAUCUAACUAGCUGCCUGGGAAUCGAAGUGUAAUUUCACUAGUCUAGAAAUGCUCCAGGAUGAAGUUACUAGUGCUCUUUUUGGGCAUUAUUUAGCUUUUGUACCAGCAACUGUAAAAAAUAGCUCUGCAUUUUUAUAUGGUUUUGGCUUCA